ACCCCCCCAGCGUUACGCAACGCCUGUGCUAAAUCUUCAUGCAGCAGAUAAAGACGGUCCCCAAAAUACCCUGCCCUGCCUUUGCUGCCCUUCAGCUACUUGGGCUUGGGGUCAUGUCUGAAGUUUGGGGUUGUCCAGCUCUCUGGUGACAGCAAAGAAGCGUUGAAAAGGCAGAAACAUUGGGACAGAAACCUGUUACCCACUGGGAAGAUUAUUUCCUCCAAACGGGCUUUGCUUGAGGAAUGAGAGCUUUAAAGGGAGCCCUUUCAGGAUUUCGAAGACACUGAAACUCAUGAACUGCUGCGGGCAGAGCCAUGAUCUGGAGGAAAACCAAUAGCUGCAAAAACAGUGCAAGGGCCUUUUUUGUCUUGAAGAUGCUGGACAGCAUCACGAGCAUGCCAGGGGAGCUGGACAUCCCCAGCAGAAAAGGAGGGUGAUUUUUCAUCCUCUCCCGAGAAGAUGGGGUUUGUGUCACGGCCAUCAUUAAACAGCAAGAACAAAGUGGUCUUGCCUUGGAACACCGACUGCCUGACACCACUGUCUGAUCCACCAGUUUGGAAUGUGUCUCAUCCUUCUGGCUGCUUCUUCACUUCCCAAAAAUCUCUGAAAUCUCCUCCAAGCUGCUUCUCUUCCAACACCCCUGGGACCGCCAAGGCAUCGUGGGCUCCCCACCAUUGCCACAGGGCGAUUCCCCUCCGUGCCCCUUGGAAAUGCCGCUGAAGGUGCACAUCCCCCUCGCUGGCGGUGGCUCCCGGGGCCGCGGCCGAGGUGCCAUCUCCUGUACAUGUAGGGAAGAAGCGAGGCUGUAAUCUGAGCUCGGGAGCAAUUAGGCAGGACAUCGGCAAAGUCCCCGCUCCGCUCCCCCGGCCGCCGGCACCGGGCUCAGCAUCUGCGGCUCUCGCUGCGACCGCGGGAGCCUCUCACAGGAUCCACGUGGUGACGUGGCAGCCAAGACGUGGAAGUUUGGGACUUCUCUUCCACCGCAGGAGAAUUUGGGGGGUGGGCAGGGGUGGGUCAGGGGGACACUGGGAGUCGCAAGACUCUUCACCUUCACUGUGGGCUUGGCUCAGGGAUGACAACAGGCAGAGUCAACCCUUACAGCAUCGUGUCCUCCGAGGAAGACGGGCUGAGGUUGACCACCAUGCCUGGUAUCAACGGCUUUGGCAAUGGGAAAAUCCACACCAGGAGGAAAUGCAGGAACAGGUUUGUAAAGAAGAAUGGUCAGUGCAAUGUGGAGUUCACUAACAUGGAUGACAAACCACAGAGGUACAUUGCAGACAUGUUCACCACGUGCGUUGACAUCCGCUGGAGGUAUAUGCUCUUGCUCUUUUCCCUGGCAUUUCUGGUGUCCUGGUUAUUGUUUGGGCUGAUUUUCUGGCUAAUUGCACUCAUCCAUGGAGACCUAGAAAACCCGGGUGGAGAUGAUACUUUCAAGCCUUGCGUUCUGCAGGUCAAUGGCUUUGUGGCUGCUUUUCUGUUCUCCAUCGAGACCCAAACAACAAUUGGGUACGGUUUCCGCUGCGUGACCGAGGAGUGUCCGCUCGCCGUCUUCAUGGUGGUGGUUCAGUCCAUCGUGGGCUGCAUAAUCGACUCUUUCAUGAUUGGUGCAAUAAUGGCAAAAAUGGCCAGGCCCAAAAAACGGGCCCAGACAUUACUUUUCAGCCAUAACGCAGUAGUGGCAAUGAGAGAUGGAAAACUCUGCCUGAUGUGGAGGGUUGGGAACCUACGGAAAAGCCACAUAGUAGAAGCCCACGUUCGAGCUCAGCUAAUUAAGCCCAGGAUCACAGAGGAAGGGGAGUACAUCCCUCUCGACCAAAUAGACAUUGACGUAGGGUUUGAUAAAGGCUUGGACCGUAUCUUCUUGGUGUCUCCCAUCACCAUUCUCCAUGAGAUCAACGAAGACAGCCCCUUGUUCGGGAUCAGCCGCCAGGACUUGGAGACAGAUGACUUUGAGAUCGUCGUCAUCCUGGAGGGCAUGGUGGAGGCCACAGCCAUGACGACGCAAGCUCGGAGCUCCUACCUGGCCAGUGAGAUACUGUGGGGCCACCGCUUCGAGCCUGUCUUGUUCGAGGAGAAAAACCAGUACAAAGUAGACUAUUCCCACUUCCACAAAACCUACGAGGUCCCGUCCACGCCCCGUUGCAGCGCCAAGGACUUGGUGGAGAACAAAUUCCUGCUGCCCAGCACCAACUCCUUCUGCUACGAGAAUGAGCUGGCCUUCAUGAGCCGCGACGAGGAAGAGGAAGACGAUGACAGUCGGGGUCUGGAGGACCUCAGCCCGGACAACAGGCACGAGUUUGACAGGCUUCAAGCCACAAUAGCGUUGGAUCAGCGGUCGUACAGGAGAGAGUCAGAAAUAUGACUCUUGGUCCUUCCGUUGACUUUUCCAAGGGUAUUUUUUUUCCUCCUCUAAUCUCUUCCCCUACAACCCGCUCAAAUUAUGCAGAACAAUGCAAGUGCCAUAGGAAUGCUUGAGAAAUUAGUAUCGUUCAUAGUUUUCAGUUUCAUCGCAAUAACCACUGAGCGGUCUGCAGAGGGGACGGUGGCAGGCCACGGCGCGUCCCCCGCGCCCAGCGCCCGCGGCAGGGCCCACGGCUCUGGGGGAUGGAUGGAUGGAUGGACAGACGGAUGGAUGGACAGAAGGAAGGAUGAGGAGAGGAGGGUCUGUGGGGCGUGGGCAGGUGCUCGCCCCACACGGCCCCGUGGGGCUUUGCUCUCCCCACGGGGAAAACGCCAGCGUUUUCCUGGAGCCGAGCACUGCGAGAUCCAAAAAGAGGAAAUAUCAGGAAACAAAUCUUACUCUCUCUCUUUCUCUCUUUCUUUUCUUUUCUUUUUAUUUUUCAACUGAGCAGCAACAACAAAACAAUUGCUCCUUCGGCAGGUGGUCUGGUUCAGUUGCACAAGAACAACACUUGAAAUAACAUGCAACAUUAAUGUACUUCUUUUUAAUUUGGGAAAAAUGGGGGAGGGAGGUGAGAGGGUUUUUAAUAUUUUCACUGCACCGUUUGGGAGACUGUUUACCAAAAUAAUAAUAAUAAUUAUUAUUAUUAUAAUUAUAACAAUAAUAAUAAUAUUAAAUCUGAAAGUCAUUCAGUAUUUUUUAAAAAAGAACGAGGGAAUGAAGAAGCCACCAAGGUCCUUUGAGGGGGUGACUUGUUGGGUAAAUUCAAGAGCUAAAGGUUAAGAUUGCAUCUAAUUUUGGGGUGGGUUUUGCCACUGGCAUGGCUUCAUGUGCAGAAAACAGAUGUAAGUGACUGUAGGUCCGUGGCAGUGAAAGGAAGUAGUGGAAUUAUUGACAAAGGAGGUAAUAAGAAUUAGCAGGGCUGUGAGAGAAAAAAGCAUUGUAAACAUGGUAAUUAGCCAAUUUCUGGAAAUGUUGUAUUUCAGGGUGGAAAUGGGGUCUGGAACAUCAGCUGCUGAAGUGUUGGGUCUCCCCAACAUCUCUGAUGAGGAAUUCAUAAGGUUCACCAUAACUGAGACAUAACAGUGAAAAGCACAAAAAUGAGAGUGGAGAGCUCUCAAAAUUGGGUAUUUCCCCACUUUUCUGACCAAUUUGGUAUUUUUCUUCCUUGAAGAAUAUUUUCAAACAUGGAAAUCAAUGGGAAAGUCAUCUUCUUGGGCUGCACUUCUAGUCCUGGAGCUGUGUCCGUGCCAGGCUGGGCUUUAUGAAUUCCCAACCCACCAGAGAGUCCUGCUUCAGAGGCAGAUGUUCUCCCCAAAACAACAGAUGCCAGUUGAGAAAAUCACCCCAUCUUGCGCUUCAGCCCAUCCCUGUGUCCCAGCCUCAAGGUGGAUUGUGCCUUAGAGAUGCGAACUCAUCCCGUGUCCCAGCCCUUCUCCACAGCCCCCAUCCUGCAUCCCCCCUCUUGCUCUCAGCACCCACAUCUCAUCAUCCACCGCCUUUCAGGCUGGCCUUGGUUUAAACCUGGUUUAGCUUUGGCUCCGGCACAAGGCAAAGCACCCCAUGCACAGGAAGCCUCUGCUCCUGCCCUGCUCCCCACAGAGGGAAGGAGUCAGGCAGGUGCAGGUUUGGGGGUCCCUUCAUCUGGCUGUGCUGCUCGUUGGUGCUCUGGGAGCCAAACUCUGGCUGCCUGCUCCCUGUGGCCGUGGGAAAGGCUCUGUACCCAUGGGCAUCCCUCAUCUGACCCUGGGCAUGGAGCCCGUGGGGAGAGGGCUCAACAGUGGGGUCCUCCACAGCAUUUUGGCUGUGAUGGGCUCCCGGUGCUUUUCCCCCCACAGCCCACACCAGGGAAGCCGUGUCUUGGGGUCAGGACUUGCUGUGGCGUGUCCAAACGUGGGUGGCAGAAGCAGGAUUUGUCCUGUGUCCCCAUCCCCGUCUUCUUCUUGCCAAGGGCUGUGGGGAAGGGCUGCCCCGAGUGUCCCACUGCCCUGUGCCACCGAGCACUGUGCUGGGGACAGGGACAUCAUCCCUGCAGAGCUUCUUCCCACCAGUGUCUGUCACCAUCACCCCACACUGCCCACCAAGGGGCUGCUCUGUUUUUUGGCUUCUUCUAAAAACCACUGGGAGAAAACCUUCUCCAGGGGCAGCACUGGGAGGCAGCUUUCUCAGCACUGAGUGCCCCAAACGCGUUGUCCCCAAAAGCGGGGACACGUAGGGACGUGCCAUUGAGCUCCAGCCAUGACAUUUAUGUUUCUAAGGCAGUGAAGGUGGAUGCCAUCCCAUCACCAAUCCCUUUGCUCCUGGGGGGAUGCUUUUACCCCCUGCUUUUUGCACCACAGCAU